CAAGGCCCGGAGUUGUGCUGACAGCUGCCCAACUAACCGUGUAAGUACCGGGAAUUCCGAGAGUACCCCAAAUGCCCAGGAUCGAAGAGGCUUGUUGGACGUGCAGUUGCACAAGAGCUCGCACAUCCAAAACCACCUCCGGCACUCUGCUCGUGGCCAAAGUCCACGAGAUGAUGACCAUCGUUACCUCCAUCUUGGGCAGCGCCUACUGCUCUCUGCUUAGCAGCCAAACCUUGAACAUGUUCCGUCGAGGCUUCGUCCUCUUCACCGUGGGUGUCUUCCUCGCACUGGUGCUCAACCUGCUCCAGAUCCAAAGGCACGUGACCCUUUUCCCCGAGGAGGUUAUCGCCACCAUCUUCUCCUCCGCCUGGUGGGUGCCUCCUUGCUGCGGCACAGCUGCAGCUGUGGUGGGUUUGCUGUAUCCCUGCAUCGACAGCCACCUCGGGGAGCCGCACAAGUUCAAAAGAGAAUGGGCGAGCGUGAUGCGCUGUGUGGCGGUGUUUGUUGGAAUCAAUCAUGCCAGUGCUAAAUUAGACUUUGCGAAUAACAUGCAACUGUCGCUGACUCUGGCCGCUCUCUCCCUCGGCCUCUGGUGGACGUUUGAUCGUUCCAGAAGCGGAUUUGGACUUGGAAUUACAAUAGCCUUCCUCGCCACCCUGGUCACUCAGCUCCUGGUCUAUAAUGGCGUCUACCAGUACACCUCACCGGACUUCCUGUACAUCCGUUCCUGGCUGCCCUGUAUAUUUUUCUCUGGAGGAGUGACUGUAGGAAACAUAGGAAGGCAACUAGCCAUGGGAGUUAGUGAAAUAACCCACAAGGACUGCCAUGACAAGGUACAUAUGGAUUGAUGGAGUGAGUUGUUUUCAGAGAGAGAGAGAGGAAACUGUCUGGUGCCAACCAAGAUGCUGUAAGAAGACGGUAUCUACACAAGGACUUUCAGUAGAAGUUGCUAUAAGCCGCUAGAUAUGCAUGAUAUUCAUAAAAGGGAAAAUUUGCAAUCUGUGAUUGCCUUUGUAAAAUUGUCUUAUUUCUCAGCAUCGAUGUUUCUUUUUGUAAACUGUAAAUAGCCGGUCGGUGUACGUAAUAAUAAGUCUACAUCAUUUAAUCUUUGUAUGAAAUGUAAUGCCAUUACCCUGAUGCUGUAGUAGACCUAAAUAGCAAGCAUUAGGUCUUGUUGAUAAAGUGCAAUGUAUUC